AUGAGUUGGGGAAGCAAGAAGAAGUCAAGUGUGUCGCUGUCGACGAUUGAAGCGGGGUACAUCACACUGAGUCUGGCCAUCCAGGAAGGCAAGUGGAUCCAUCGCCUGCUACGCGAAAUUUUGACGGCCGAAAAUGAGUCAGGACCGGAACUUGUCAUCCGUGAAGGCAAUUAUUCUUGCAUCAAGAUGACGAUCCGGUGCACCAUGGCCUCGCCAAGCACAUCGACAUUAAGUACCAUCACAUCCGUGAUGAGGUCGAGCGCGGUGUUGUGA